AUGAUUUUCACCCCUUUAGGUCUUUCGUUAUGGUGCGUCGACGGUAGCGAUUGUGACUCGACAUGUUCGUUUUGUGAGGGUGCUGCAUGCCUCCGCGUUCAGAGACAACACCCCGCGGGUGGAGUAUCAACAGCGAUGACCUGCCUACCUCACGACUCCUUGAUCCACGCCUAUCAUCCGGAAGGUUGUCGAACAGAGCUCUCCACUGGCGAAAAACUCUGCCUUUGCUCUGGACGAGAUUUCUGCAACCAUACUGCAAAAACUGAUCUUUCAUUGCUCGUUUUCGUCUUAACCAUAAUACUCUUAUGA